AUGGACCGUCAAAUCUUAUUCUUCCUUAUAUGGCUUGUCCCCUUGGCGGAUCUGCAGGCUGUCGGAAAAGAUCUCUUGUUGGUGACGAGGUUUGCGCUACUAUAUCCCCUAUCGAUUCCCGUUCUUCGUAGCAGCUCGACUGGGCAGAGGGUGGAGCAGGAAAAACGAGAGCAGGGAUGUACUGGCGAGAGUCGCCUCUCUGCUAUCUACGCGAGCGAGGGCUUACGUCUUUGUCUGUCUCUGGGAGGAAGGCUUCAACGAACGGACAACCCCCUGCUGGCUAGCUUCCUUGAGGCUUGGCCCAUGGCGGAGGGUGACGCCCACACGAAGAAGACCCGUUCUGCUGCAGCUUGGCAACAGAGACGAUAUGCAACAUCUCCUCGCAAUGGACAGAUUUAG